AUGACUGAGGGUGCAUGGUGUGCAGAGCCCGCUCCCCGAACUCGGUGCAUGCCCAGCCCAGUCAGGGGGCCGCUUAACGGCCGUCAGAGCCGCCUGAGCAAAGGCACACUACUGCGGCACUCCAAUAGCUGCCACAGCGGCAAAAGGAAAAAUCUAGUGAUGGAGACGCCCUCCCCAACCUUGUCCCGGGUCUCUACGCCUACAGCAGGCAGCAGCCCCUUAGGCAAACCCAAGAACUUGUUGGCCAGCGUGACUGUAAAUGUCCCCUUCUCACAAAGAGCUGAUAGCCUGAGAAGGUCUCUCGCUUCUCAAGAGCGGAUGCACCAGUUGCCAUACCAGCAGACACCAGAUGAGCUCCACUUUCUUUCCAAGCACUUUCAUAGCCCUGAGAGCAGAGUGGGAAGAGUGGAUGAAGAUGGGAGCCCAUGCUCCCCCAGCAAGCGAUCUCGUUCCCGCAGCCUCAGCCCUAGGCGAACCAUUGAAGCCUCUGGCAACGAUAUUGUCUUGAUGAAUCACGUCUACAAAGAGCGAUUCCCUAAGGCCACCGCACAGAUGGAGAAGCAGCUGCAGGACCUCAUCACCACUUUCUCUCCCUCCAAUACGCUGGCCCUGGCGGAUGGCGUCCUGAGCUUCAUUCACCACCAGAUAGUGGAGCUGGCUCGAGACUGCCUGGCCAAGGCCCGGGAGGACUUAGUCACCUCCCACUACUUCUUGGAGCUUCAGGAAAAGCUAGAGAAGAUGUUGCAAGAUGCCCACGAACGCUCAGAGAGCCAGGAAGUCACAUUCAUUGGCCAGCUGGUUCGAAAGUUCUUAAUUGUUAUCUCCCGCCCAGCUCGGCUCUUGGAAUGCCUGGAAUUUGACCCGGAAGAAUUCUACCACCUCCUGGAAGCAGCGGAAGGACAUGCCCGGGUGGGUCAAGGCAUCAAGACAGACAUUCCUCGAUACAUCAUUGAUCAGCUGGGACUCACCAAGGACCCUCAAGAGGAGAUGGUUCAUCUGGGUCCUCUGGAUGCUGGUUCCUUGAAUGCAACUGAGGGGAGAGACCCACCAGAGAACCAAACUCUCACUGUCCCUUCCCGGAGGAAACCCUGUGAGAGUGAUUUUGAGACUAUCAAGAUGAUCAGCAAUGGGGCUUAUGGGGCUGUGUAUCUGGUCAGGCACCAGGAGACCCGCCAGCGCUUUGCUCUCAAGAAGAUCAAUAAGCAGAACUUAGUGCUACGGAACGAGAUCCAGCAGGUGUUUGUGGAGCGAGACAUCCUCACCUUUGCCGAAAACCCCUUUGUUGUCAGUAUGUUUUGCUCCUUUGAGACCCGAAGGCACCUCUGCAUGGUCAUGGAGUAUGUGGAAGGUGGAGACUGUGCCACGCUGCUGAAGAAUAUGGGCCCUCUCCCCACUGACAUGGCGCGAAUGUACUUCUCAGAAACUGUCCUGGCCUUGGAGUAUCUACAUUAUUAUGGCGUCGUGCACCGGGACCUCAAGCCAGAUAACCUACUAAUCACGUCCCUAGGCCACAUCAAGCUGACGGACUUCGGACUGUCCAAGAUCGGACUGAUGAGUAUGACCACAAAUCUGUAUGAGGGACACAUCGAGAAGGACACCAGGGAGUUUGCCGACAAGCAGGUCUGCGGUACCCCUGAGUACAUUGCACCUGAAGUGAUCCUCCGACAAGGCUAUGGAAAGCCGGUAGAUUGGUGGGCCAUGGGCAUCAUCCUCUAUGAAUUUCUCGUGGGCUGUGUCCCUUUCUUUGGUGACACCCCUGAGGAACUUUUUAGCCAGGUCAUCAGUGAUGACAUCCUCUGGCCCGAGGGAGAAGAGGCGCUCCCUGCAGAUGCUCAGGACCUGAUUACAAAGUUGCUGAGACAAAGUCCCCUGGAUCGAUUAGGCACUGGAGGUGCCUUUGAGGUGAAGCAGCACCCAUUCUUCAAUCUCGACUGGACGGGUCUCCUACGGCAGAAGGCAGAAUUCAUCCCCGAGUUGGCAGGGGAAGAUGACACUAGCUACUUUGACACUCGUUCUGAACGGUACUGUCACCUAGAGUCGGAGGAUGAGGAAACAAAUAACGAGGAAACGACUGCAGAGAUCCCUCAGUUUUUUUCCUGCUCAAAACGGUUCAGUGAGUUUUAUAACAGUUCCAAAUCCGUUGCUGUUAAGUCAAACUUAAGCUUUUCUGAGAGAAGCUAUAGUGACGACAAGGAAGACAGAUUGGAAAAAUGGGAUCUCUGUUUAGAAGAGGAAGAGAUGACCCGCCCUUUGAGUACUGAAGUCAGGCUGAAACCCUGGGAGUCCUCUGGCUCCCUGCGCCACUCCACCUCCUCCUCCCAGCCUGACCUGAGCCAGAGCCCCUCGGUCCUGAGUGACACUAACAGCCUGGACCCCAUGCCCAACUUUGCCCUCUCCGAGGAUGAAGGUCCCAGCCUAGAACCUUCAAAACCCAAAAGGCCCCUUUUUGUGUUGGAGGAACAGGAGAAACCAGUGAAAGAAAUAGCCAAAGCAGCUGCCCUCAUCAGCGAUUCAAGCCUCAAUCCCAUCAGAUUAGGAAGUAAUAGUCCUCUGAUGAAGAACUCCAAGCCUUGGAGCCUGGAAGGUGACAAGGUAGGCCACAGCCUCAGUAACCAGAAAGAAACACCUGAAAAACAGAAGUCAUACCCCGGGGAGGUCCAGGUACUCAAAUCAGCCUCUUUCUCAGAUCUCUCUCUGUUCAUUACUUCUGAUGACUGCAGAAAUGGGAUCCUCAAAAGCCCCAUCUCCCCGAAUUCCUUCUCCUCUUCCCCAAGCUGCGACUCCUUCUUUGGCAUCACCAGCCUACAGCCACCCAUCAUCAUCCACAGUUCUGGGAAAAAGUUUGGCUUUAGUCUGAGGGCCAUCCGUGUCUACAAGAGAGACAGCGAUAUCUACACAGUGCACCACGUGGUUCAGAGUGUGGAGGAGGGCAGCCCAGCUCAAGAAGCCGGACUGAGGACUGGAGAACUCAUCACACAUAUCAAUGGAGAGUCAGUGCUUGGCCUAGUUCACACAGAAGUAGUGGAACUGCUGCUGAAGAGCAAUAACAAGAUCUCCCUUAGAACCACCCCGCUGGAGAACACAUCCAUCAAGGUAGGCCCAGCCAGGAAACACAGCUACAAAAGCAGGAUGGCCCGCUGCAAGAAGAGCAGGAAGUGGAAGAGUAAAGCCAGGAGGAAGUGUCUCUUUAAGAAGAUCUCCAAGCAGUCCACAAUACUGCACACAAGUCCAAGCUUCUCUUCUGGGCUCCACCACACCUUGUUUUCUAGCAAGAGCCUUUCUGGCUCUCCUACACACAGUCUCUCUCCUAGACCCUCUACCCUGUACAACAGCCCUGCUCCUUCUUCACAGAACGUUUUUCCCUCCUCUAGCACUCCUAUCUCCCCAUUGGGCUACAUCAGGCCAAGUUUCUUACACAAGCUACCAUCUAAUCUGGGAGGCCAACCAUAUAAAGUUGGUCGCAGGAAGUCAACAAGCAGCAUCUCUUCAUCCCCACUCUAUACUUCCUCCCCAGGAUUCCAACCUCCAUCACCACAGAGGUCCCCAUCUCCUUUACCAAGUUUCCCCAAAAAUCUUUAUGCCUUCCAGGAUGAAACUUUGUCCCCCCUCAUGAUCACCAAGCAAAUAUCUUGGCCACCAAAUACUGAGAGCCCCCUAUCUCCUCUCCUGAAGCAAGGGCACUUUGCUCACAAAAUUGCCACCUCCUUGGUGGAAAAGAAGCCAUUGAGGGGCCUGAGACUCACACUUGAAAUGUUGACAGAAGACAGAGAUGGCCUCAAGGAGACUUCAGACCAGGCCUUCUUAGGAGAUGAGAGUGGUGGUCUGCGAAACCACAGCAAGUCUAACUACACUGGCCUAGUGAACUGGGGGAGAGACUGGACGGGAGAUCAAUAUAAGCUGGACCAGGAGGUGGUGGUCAAGAGACACUUGAAUCUGUCAGAGCACUCAGACUCUUCCGAAAAACGAGUAGUCCAGGAGAUGAGCUUUGAUGAACCAGAGCCCCCAAGCUUGGGGGAUGAUGGUUCCUGCAGGAAGGAGAGCCAGGUAAAACUGAGGGGAAUGCAGCUAGAGGUGCAUAAGCAGAAGCCUCCACCUAUCCCCCAGAAUGCCAUGCAAGGCUUUGAGGACAAAGUGCUUGACCCAGGUUCAGAGGUGUGGAAAUGUCAGAGCUCUCAUCAUCCCUUCCAGCUGGUGGCUGAGGUCUACACUGAGGAAGCAGAUGGAACCAAAGCAGUGGAAUGCAAGAGUCUCUUGAUCCAGGGUCAGGACAGCAGGAAUCCAAGAGACUUGAGUUCAGGGAAGCAGCAGCUUUCUAAGGCUCAUCAGGCUCUUCGGACUUUACUGCAGGCUGCCAAGUCCCUGCCCGUCCUCCAGUUCUUGAGAGGCCAGAAGCUGGCAGGACCUGAACUUCAGACUACCAGAGCAAGUCAUCAAGACUCUGAAGAUAUAUCAAGGAAAAAGGACUGGAAUCAGAGGUAG